AUGACUAAUUGGAAGGAGCUUAGUGGUGACAAGAGUUGGGAGGGUCAGUUGCAACCUUUGAAACAAAAUCUUUGCAAAACUUUGAUUCAUUAUGGUAGAAGAGUUCAAGCUAUCUAUGAAAGCCUUGAUGAUGGCAAUCCCAAAUAUGAGAAAGAUGAGCUCUUUUCUCAGGUUAGGCUAGGAGGAUUCUACACCGUGAACAACUAUUUCUAUGCCACUUCAAAAAUUGAUUUCCUUCCUAAGGUAGGAGGUGCAUGGAGCGGACGAGCUUGGAUUGGGUACAUGGUUGUGGCUACUGAUGAGGGCAAGAAAGAAAUAGGAAGAAGAGACAUUUUGAUUUGCUGGAAAGGAACUAUGACGCCUGCAGAAUGGAUAAAAGUUUCUAGUUCAAUCAAUCCUCAGCUUCUCCCAUUUUGGGAAAAAACUGCUUUGGAAAUCCUUGCAUACAAGGGAUUUCUCUCCAUAUACAUGUCAGCCAAAGAUCAGGUUUUGGAUGCAAUAAAGGAGUUGAUGAAUCAAUACAAAGGCGAGGAAAUCAAUGUAACAGUAAGUGGACACCGUCUAGGAGCUUCACUGGCCAUAAUGAACUCAACUGACUAG